AUGACGUCACUAAAAGCACGUCUCAGCAGCGGCACUGGUGACAGCGACCCCCCCACGCCCACACCCCUAAAAACAAACAACAACAACAACAAGAUCCUCACACGAGCCAGCAUGCUGUACCGCCUGCACGACCCCCGCACCGCGAUGUUCCAGGCCGACGACCCGCAGGGCCCCCACGCACGCUCGCUCAGCCCGGAACCUUGCAGCCCGCAGUCCGUCACGUCGUCGGACUCCAGCUGCACCAUGAGCCCCCCGGCCAAGUGUGGCCCCCCGGCGCCGCAGAGGGUCCGCAGGCCCCUCAACGCCUUCAUCAUCUGGACCAAGGAGGAGCGCAGACGGCUGGCGCAGCUCAACCCCGACUUGGAAAACACCGACCUCAGCAAAAUAUUAGGGAAGACGUGGAAGUCCAUGGCGCUGGCGGAGAAGCGUCCGUACAUGCAGGAGGCGGAGCGUCUGCGGGUGCAGCACACCAUCGACCAUCCCAACUACAAGUACCGUCCUCGCAGGAGGAAGCAGAACAAGAAGAGCGCCAAGCAGGCGGCCGAGGCCCCGGCGCCGCCUCGCCCGUCUUCGGGCUUCAGCGUGAUGACUUACAACCUGACCUGCCUGCUCCAGAACCAGCAGCAGAACUUCAACAACACCUUCCCACACCCCGCCGCCACCUUCGCCCCCGUUUGCGAGGACGCCGCCGCGGACGUUUACUCGCCUCAGGUGUUCCAGAACCCGCCCGCCUACCUGACGGACCCCCACCCGCUUCAGUACGGCUUCACCGGGCAGGCGGGGCUUCACGUGGACCCGGCGGAGCAGCCCAGGUUCUACGGGGGACCCUCGCUGGACUUCUACCUGGAGCGGGUGCAGCUGGACACGCUGUACGAUCUGGACCGCAGCGAGUUUGAACAGUACCUGGGCCCGGGGCCUCACUCGGCGGAUCCUUGCAGCUGCCACAGAGAGGAGCGCUUGUUGUCGUGA